AUGACACCACACGACACCCCAAACAACCCCGACUUGCGCAACAUUGACCCGCUUCUCUAUAGGCACAUGCAACCGACAACACACAAUCCGACGAAUGUUCCACAGCCAACACACCCACCAAAUGAUUAUUCCAACCCCCCGCCCGUCAGGGGACCAACAUCGUCUCUCCCCGGGCACCAUGUAUCAGUCUCCUUUACUCCAGGACAUCGCCACGUGCCGCCCGAGCAGCCAUGCCCACCACCCGUAUAUCUGGGCCACCACCAGCCAACAGCCUCACGUCCGGCGUAUGCCCUAACUCAACAACAAUACCAACAGUUCACCUCCUCAACCCAACCACCAACCCAGCAAACAUCUGCCGUCUUCCCCAUCGCCCCUAGACUACCCCCCCAAACCAUCACCCGCAAAAGCAACAACCCCCCCGGCCGGAUAAUCCACACCCUCCUCCCCCCCAAAACCCACAUCAUCCGCCCCGACACUCCCAUCAGACCCUUCAUCCUCUCCCUCCCGCUCGGCGCCCCCUUUCACAAGCGGUACAAGGCCCUUUUGCGCUGCACACGCAAACACGGAAGCGCGCUCAUGGAAACGUUCACCGCUGGCCCGUAUUUCUCUUACCGGGAUCCAAGCAAUAACCAGGUUCAUUUCUUGAUUAAUGACAUCAUGGUGCCUGAUGGACGGUGGUCGGAUGAAUUGACGUACGAGGUGCAAGUGAUGGAGAGUGGGUUAGGGGUUUUGGAUAAAGAGAAAAAGACGUGGGGGAAUCAUUGGAGGGAGACGGAAGAGGAAAGGGAGGGGGUGGUGAAGUAUGGGGGAAAGAGUGAGAGGGGGGUGAAGUUGUAUUGGUAUGGGGAGGGGGUGGAGGUUGAGGGUUGGGAGGAGGAAGGGGAGGAGGAGGUGGGGAGGGUUUUGGAGGGGGCUUACGGGUGGGUUUCGUAG